AUGACAAAUCUUUUGCCAACUCCAGAUUUUAGCAUAAAAAAACAACUAACUCCAAGACGAAAAGCAGUAAACUAUAAAGCUCAGGUUCUGAAGAGAGACUUAUUUUCGGAAAAGUCAUCCAGCCAACGAAUCCUUCAAUCUUCCAAGCCUAGAAGCACAAAGAAAACAGAAAACGUCGAAGACUUAUCCAGCUGGAUGUGUAUUGUGUGUGGAGUGGCUCGUGUUGAAGAUAUGCGGCAAUGCUCGACAUGUAAAAAGUGGGUACACGAAGAUUGUGUAGGUCUUACUGCUAAAGACAGAGACGAGUUUGAAUGUCCAAACUGCUCUCCAUAG